AUGACUUUAAUUGCUGCUUUAUCUUCAAUGGGAUCAGUUCAAUCAAACAACUCCAUCUUCAAGAGUCAAGUUGGUGUAACUGGAACAAGUUCAAGCCAAUCAUCAAACAAGAUUGCACUGAUUGUGGAUGUUCCAGAUGAUGUUGCUGUUGCCGUGGAUACUUUGAGUGACAUUGUCAUCCCUAAUGUCAACUUUUAA